AUGAGUGGACCCAGUUAUCCUGGCUCGCAGCCCUCAAUGGCAGACUAUGCCCCUCCGUUUUCUGGUGCGUAUGGUGGAACACCAGUUUAUCAACAAAAUACACCUUACCAACCACCUUCUAACCAGCCUUAUAUGCAGUAUGGAAGUGGUGGACCACCAAUGCAACAACCUCCCUAUAAUUCUGGUCCGAUACCACAAGGGUUUCCUCCUCAACCAGCAACACAAUACGGUGGCUUGCCCGGCACAUCCCAUGAACCACCAUAUGGUGGGUACAGUGGAUCGAAUCCUCCAUUUCCGAUGAAUAAUAAUCCAUCACCAUUUCAGAACCCACAAGGUUAUAAUACUCAGCCACAUUCAAUGCCAAGCGGUGUGUAUCCAAAUUUACCAAAUCAGAAUUCAUACCCACCUGCAUCAAAUAUGAACAUCAAUAUGGGAAUGCAACACAUUCAACCACAACCAUCAAUUAUGUUAGCCAGUUUAGAACAAUAUCAAGGCACAAUACAGCCGUUUCCAAUGUUUAAUGCUGAUACUGAUUGUCGAGCACUAAGACAAGCUAUGAAAGGAAUGGGAACGAAUGAAAAUGUUAUUAUUCAGAUUAUUGCAAAUAGAUCCAACGUACAACGACAACAAAUUAAACUCGAAUGGAAAACACAAUUCGGAUCGGCAAUUAAAGAUCUAGAAAAAGAGCUGAGUGGAACUUUUAGAGAAACAAUAAUGGCUCUAUUUAAUACCCCACAUUAUUAUGAAGCCUGGUCAUGUCACGAGGCAUUGCAAGCUAGUAAAGAGGGUGCACUUCGAGAAAUAUUGUUGACACGUUCAAAUGCUGAAAUUCGUGCCAUUGUCGAUGAGUAUAAACGAAUAUAUCAGAAGGAUCUAGAACAUGACAUUAAUAAUAGAUUAAGUGGUGACUUUAAACGGAUAUUGAUAUCGGCUGUUCAGGCGAAUCGUGAAGAAUUGUCACCACCGCAAAUUCAACAAGCAAGACAAUAUGGUAUUGAAAGUGUUAUUAAUCGGGACCAAGCAAGACAAGAUGCUGAAGAACUGUACCGGGCGGGAGCUGGAAAAAUUGGCACGGACGAAAAAACAUUUAAUGCAAUAUUUUCUCGUCGAAGUUAUUAUCAAUUACGAGCUAUAUUUGAAGAAUAUCAAAAGAAACACCAUAAAGACAUAAUGAAAGUUGUUGACAGCGAGUUUUCAGGACACAUUAAAGAGGCUUACAAAACAUUGAUAUUAUGCAUUCGUGAUCGUCCAUGUUUUUUUGCUGAUCGAAUUCAUCGUGCUGUAACUGGUCUAGGUACCAAAGAUUCAACAUUAAUACGUGUAAUUGUUACACGUUCAGAAAUUGAUUUAGUUCAAAUUAAAGAACGUUAUCAUCAAAUGUUUAAACGAAGUUUAGCGCAUGCUGUUGCUUCAGAUACAUCGGGUGAUUAUAAAAGAAUUUUGUUAGCAAUUAUCAAAUAG